AUGGCCAAACCUGGCCUCAUUUCCCAGCUGGAAGAGGAGGAAGAGCUGUUUCUCCUGAGCUCUGAUGAAGAGGAGGGACUGGCAGGAGAUGUGUGGGAGUCAGUGAACGAAGAAGAUCAUCCUGUGAGGGAGAGAGAAGACAUAUAUUCAGACAUGAAAGAGAUGGUUGAAUAUUAUGGUGCACUGAGGAAGGAGGAGGAAAAACACCCACCUAAAGGGAGGAAUAAUUCCAGUCCUUUAAAGGGUAAUCCCUUUCUACAAAAAAAAAUGCACCAAGAAGACAAGAGGAAUACGUGCACUUCAAAUAGUGAAACGUUUACUGAAAAAUCAGUUAUUAAUAUUCAACAGAACAGCUCGAACAGAAAGAAAAUAUAUAAGUGCUUGGAGUGUGGAAAAAGUUUCAAUCGAAGAGGAAGUCUUACUACCCAUCAAAGAAUUCACACAGGGGAGAAACCAUAUAAAUGCCUGGAGUGUGGGAAAAACUUCAGUGAGAGUCGAAUCCUUAAUGUCCAUCAAAGAAUUCACACAGGGGAGAAACCAUAUAAAUGCUUGGAGUGUGGAAAGAGCUUUAGUCAGAGUGGAACCCUUACGAUCCAUCAAAGAAUUCACACCGGAAGGAAACCAUAUCAGUGCCUGGAGUGUGGGAAGAGCUUCAGUGAGAAUCGAAGCCUUACUGUCCAUCAAAGAAUUCACACAAGGGAGAAACCCUAUAAAUGCAUUGAGUGUGGGAAAAGCUUCAGUCAGAGUGGAAACCUUACUACCCAUCAAAGAAUUCACACAGGGAAGAAACCAUUUACAUGUCUAGCAUGUGGGAAGAGCUUCAGUGACAAUGGAAGCCUUACUGCCCAUCAAAGAAUUCACACAGGGGAGAAACCAUUUAAAUGCCUGGAGUGUGGGAAGUGCUUCAGUGAGAGUGGAACCCUUACUAUCCAUCAAAGAAUUCACACAGGGAAGAAACCAUAUAAAUGUCUAGUGUGUGGGAAGAGCUUCAGUGAAAGUGGAAACCUUACUGUCCAUCAAAGAAUUCACACAGGGGAGAAACCCUAUAAAUGUAUGGAGUGUGGGAAAAGCUUCAGUCACAGUGGAAACCUUACUACCCAUCAAAGAAUUCAUACAGGGGAGAAACCAUAUAAAUGUCUAGUGUGUGGGAAGAGCUUCAGUGACAAUGGAAGCCUUAUUACCCAUCAAAGAAUUCAUACAGGGGAGAAACCAUUUAAAUGCUUAGAGUGUGGGAAAAGCUUCAAGCAGAGUGGAAACCUUACUUCUCACCAAAAGAUUCACAGAGGGGAGAAAGCAUAUAAAUGCCUGCAGUGUGGGAAAACCUUCAAUUGCAGUUCACACCUUAGUUCUCAUCAAAGGAUUCACACAAAGGAGAAACCAUAG